CUCCCUAAAACAACAUUGCGGCUUCGGCCGGGUUCGGUCGCGACAGCAAGGGACGAGGAGACCUCGGCCAGGCAGGGCAGGAGAAAUAAGCAAAAGGGGAGGAGGAGGGACAAAAAUCCCCUUUUGUCUCUCUCUCUCCCCCUCCCGUCGGUCGGUCGCUUCGUUUGUCGGUCGGUCGGAGAGCUGAGAAAUGUACCUCUCGGCAUUCUCCACAGCGUCGCACAGCGGGGAGCCCGAGGCCGGGAAGGACAUCUCAACCAUCGUGGCCGUCGACCGGGACAAGAACAGCCAGCAAGCGGCGAAAUGGGCAGUGGAUCGGCUCAUGGCCAGGGGGAGCACCCUCCAGUUGGUCCAUGUCAGGAUCAACCAAAGUACACUUCUCGUUCUUUAUGGGGAAGCAGGCCGCGGAGUUGACACAGAUGCAGAUAUGUCACAACUGUUUAUCUCAUACAGAGGCUACUGUGCUCGUAAAGGGAUGCAUCUAAAUGAGGUGAUCUUGGAUGGCAAUGAUAUCUCCAAAGCAAUAAUUGAUUAUGCUACUGGUCACGCCAUCACCGAUAUCGUAGUUGGAGCAUCCACUAGGAACACAUUCAUCAGAAGAUUUAGAAAUCCUGAUGUGCCAACAUGCUUGAUGAAGAUGGCGCCUGAUUAUUGCACAGUGCAUGUAAUACAUAAAGGGAAGGCCAUCCAAGUGAAGGCAGCCAAAUCUCCGGCACCCUUUAGUAUUCUCCCUCCGAAGCAAAACUCCCAACCAAACAUCGAACCCGAUGCAUUCCCAAGACCAUCAAGAGAAAGGAGAAUGUUUUCUAACCCAUCGUCACCGAAGACAAGUAGAACAUCAGUAGACCGGUUAUCUGGCUACGCAAAGGUCUCAACAAAAGAUAGGCAUCUCCUCUCUGGAAGGCAAGCACCUCAAAAGGAUUUCGACGACUACAUCGACUUCAUUGCACCACCAAGGCCCUCCGUGACUCGCAGCUCCUUUUCAGAUGACGUUGAUUUUCCCAUGAGCAUGGAGUUAAAUUCUGUGGACUACGCUGAAUCAAUAGAACUAUCAUCAUAUGCAUCCUUGGAAAGCCUAAGUUCAGCCGGGAAGGAUGUAGAAGCUGAGAUGAGACGACUGAGACUAGAGCUGAAGCAGACAAUGGAAAUGUAUAACUCCGCAUGUAAGGAAGCACUUGACGCCAAACAGAAGGCGGCUCAGCUGUCCCAGAUGAAGGUGGAAGAGUCUAAAUUGUACCAAGAACUAAGGAGUUCAGAAGAAGAAGCCCUUGCGCUUGUUGAAAUGGAGAAAGCAAAGUGCAAAGCUGCGCUGGAGGCAGCAGAAGCUGCCCAAAAAAUUGCAGAGCUCGAGGCGCAGAAGAGACUAAGAGCAGAAUGGAAGGCAAAGCGCGAGUUCGAGGAGAGAAGGAGAGCAUCGGACACGGAUCUCCGGUACAGGAGGUAUUCCAUUGAUGAUAUAGAAGCCGCCACACAUAAGUUUGACAGGGCACUCAAGAUAGGCGAAGGUGGAUAUGGACCAGUAUAUAAAGCUGUAUUGGAUCAUACUAAUGUUGCUAUUAAAAUCCUAAGACCAGACGCAUCACAGGGGAGGAAACAGUUUCAGCAAGAGAUUGAAAUACUUAGCAGCAUGCGGCAUCCAAACAUGGUCCUGCUGCUCGGAGCAUGCCCGGAGUAUGGCUGUCUGGUGUACGAGUACAUGGACUACGGAAGCCUAGAGGACCGGCUCUGCAGAAGAGGCAACACCAAACCAAUCCCAUGGAGCAUCCGCUUCAGGAUCGCCGCAGAUAUCGCUACCGGCCUUCUCUUCCUCCACCAGGCGAAGCCAGAACCACUUGUCCACCGAGACCUGAAGCCCGGCAACAUCCUCCUCGACCACAACUUCGUCAGCAAGAUCAGCGACGUCGGCCUCGCGAGGCUGGUGCCACAGUCCAUAGCUGAAGUCACACAGUACAGGAUGACGUCCACAGCCGGCACAUUCUGCUACAUCGACCCUGAGUACCAGCAGACGGGCAUGCUGACCACCAAAUCCGACAUAUACUCGUUCGGCAUCCUGCUGCUCCAGAUCAUCACAACCAGGUCCCCCAUGGGCCUCACGCACCAAGUCGAGCAUGCCAUAGAGAAAGGAGCCUUCCAGGAGGUACUCGACCCGACGGUGACAGACUGGCCAGUGGAAGAGGCCCUGGCGUUCACGCAGCUGGCUUUGAAAUGUGCGGAGGUACGGAAGAAGGACCGGCCAGAUCUCGGAAAAGAAAUCUUGCCAGAGUUGAACAGGCUGCGGACUCUUGGACAGGAGUAUGAAGCUGCCCAGGUCAGCAACACGAGCUACUCGAGCGCCACUUCACACAGUUUCAACAAUGAUGAUGUAUCGUCGCCAUAAGAAUGAAUCUUCCAUGGUUGUAAUCUGGAAAGUCAAGCAUGUACAUACAGAGAGACAGACAGGAGAGCUGCCUUCCGAGCCUUGGAAAAAAGGCACUGCUGCCUUUGCUCUGCUCAUAUCCGGACUCAGAUGAUAUGAACAUGGAUUGCGUUGCAGCAGGCGAUGAAGAGGCCAACAUAGUCACGGACUUUAGCAUGUAGGAAAAGAGGAGCAUAUAAAGGAAACUCAAGGCAAUGCCUGUAUGUAACAUACAAAAAAUAACAAGUUGUAAAAGCAGCCUCAAGUUUUCAACUA